CUUAGAUUAAGUGACCCUUAUAGCCUGUUAGCCUUACCCAUGUUUCCAGACCUUCGGCUGCGUUAUUAGACUCCGCACUUUUGCCGCCUGCCUUGACCUUCUGCUACGUUUGACUACGAUACUGCCUUAUCCUUCGGUGCCUCGCCUUGCCCAGCUAUCUGUGUGAUUGAGCCGUGUCGGGGGUAGCGAUCUGGGUGUCGCCUGCCGCAGCAAGCCCAUCCUGCCUUGUGGCUGGCUCUGGUGAAGACCAGCGGCACCUUAGAUUCCGCUCCCCAAUACGGUCCGAGUCAUCAGCCACACAGGUGGAGGAUCAACAUUCAGCUCUGUUACAAAAUUUAGGGGAUGUUGGCAAAUCCACUAGGGAUUAUAUGAAAAACUGUUUCUAAAAAGUUACAAAUAUGUAUGUUUUGAUGCCUUGAUGUCCUUUCUCUGCUUGGAUUUUAAGGAGUUUCAAGAACACUGGAACCUCUAUUUGCUUGCAUGUUGCCACUGAUGGGCACAGCCCUGUGUCUGGUCUCUACACUACGUGGCUCUAAACUGUGGGUGAGCGGGCUGCAUCUUGUGGUUCUACUUUCAUACUGUUUAAUCCACUAACAUCUCAUUUUGCAAUCGUUUACACAGAAAUGUGACAACAGGAAACCUGCCUGCAAUGUUAUAUAGGUUCUUUCUGCAGCUUUCAUUUCUCUUCCAAACCUUCAGUCCAAGCAUAGCAUGGCAGAUUUUUGAUUGGACUAAUAUACUGGAAUUUACAGGAAUAUCAUAAUCUGAUCUACUCUGCAGCACCAUGACCGAGGCAAAUGCAACCCUUGGGCUGACGAAAACGUCCAUAAUAAAUUCUACUUUUACAAAUUCCACUGAGAUCCCAGUUUUAUCUGCUGGAAUAUCCACCAGAGUUGGCAUUGCCAUUCUCUCAAUUGCCUUUAUGAUUGGAUUCCCAGGAAAUGCCUUCGUCAUCUGGACAAUCUUGACACAAAUAAAGAAACGCACAGUGACGUGUCUCCUCAUUUUCCAUCUGGCCGUGGCAGACAUCAUUGUCAUCCUAACAGCCCCAUUUUUCCUCCAUGUACUUUCCACCGGUAGCUGGACUUUUUGUAGCUGGACAUUUGGGGAAAUUAUUUGUAAAGUGUGUUAUUACAUUUGUGGUUUGGGCAUGUAUACCAGUGUAUUUCUGAUCAUGUUCAUGAGUAUAGAUCGCUUUCUAGCUGUGGUCAGACCCUUCACAUCUCAGAAAAUGCGCACAAAGCCGGUGGUCCGAGGCAUAGUUGCAUCAAUAUGGAUAUCAGCAUCUCUGUUAGCUGUCACAAUGAUUUUUUACCGUACUAUGGUGUUCAGAAAUGGUCGUCCACAAUGUGAACUUUUUCAUAACAGUACAGAACAUAUCGUUUUUCAGUGUACGUUUGAGGCUUUGACAGGAUUUGUUAUACCUUUCACAAUCAUAGUGUCCUGCUAUGUCUACAUUGGACUGAGGUUACGUACUGCAAAGUUUCAAACAAAACAAAAGACAAACCGAUUGGUCAUCAUGAUUAUAGUAACUUUCGCCCUCUUCUGGCUUCCAUACCACACUAUCAAUAUAUUACAGGUGUCAGGAGAAAUAUUCUCAUCAAAAACCCUUACAAUGGCAGCUAAAAAAGCCAGACCCAAUGCUAUUGCCUUUGCAUAUUUUAGUAGUAGUACUAACCCUAUCUUAUAUGUUUUUGCUGCUGGUAACUUCAUUAGAACAGCUGGGGUGGGAUUCAUGGCCAAACUCUUUGAAGGAACCGCUUCCGAGAAUUCAAGUGUCCGUAAAAUUUCUCAGGCUUUUCGUCACAGAAGUCAAGCAGAAUCUGUUGAAGUAGAAAAAUGCUUAGAUGAUGCAGAACCAAGUAAGAAUGUGGCGCCUCACCAAGCAGAGUGAUUAUCUAAAGAUCAACAUUUUCUAAUAUUGUUUGCAAGUUUCAUAACUAGUUUGUUAUUAUUCAAUACAUCUAAAUAAUAAUAACAACAAUCCUAUUGAUGAUCAAAUUCACUCUGCAGGCAUAAUGGUGUAGAGCAGGAGGAGCUGAGCAGGUUGAUACAUACAGUGCUCCCUGAAAUAACUUGAGACUGACAAAAAUAAUAAUAAAUAACACAUUACAGAAAAUUAACUAAUGGAGAUCAGACAUUGCUUUUGAAUUGUGGUUCAACAGAAUCAUUAUAAAAAAAAAAUGUAAAAAAAUUAUAAAACUGUCCUAGGCUGCCUACUUACCCAGUCUUGCUUGCAAUAUAUAUGUUUGCCAUGUGUCAAUCCAUAUCUUUAUAAUUCUUUCUUCUGUUAUCUUCUCCAUUAUGCUGCUUGGUCCUUUGAAAUUUACUAAGGAGGAGGGGGAUACCCUUCUGUAAGUGUGAAGCUUGCCAGCUUGGGGGAGCUUCCACCCUCCUCCUUAGUGCAGGACAAGCAGGGAUCUGUCCCACACGCUCUGAGCAGGAUGAUUGACAGCCUGCAGCACAGCACAGAGCACUGUCUCUACUGCUUGUCCUUCCCUCACUUUCUGGACUUUGUUCCAGUGGGCGGGACACAGAUGAUGCGGCCGCUGGAGAGGACAAUGGCCAACAUUAAUCAUUGUCUUUAGACAAAAGGCGCAAAAAAGGCGCAAGCAGGGUUUAUUUGCGCCUUUUGGUUUACACAUUUCUGCUGAUUUUGAGUUCCAAUCCACUGAUUUUAGGAAUACACAUGAUACUGAAGGGUUUUAUGAACUGCGCCUUUUGUGUGAAAAGGCCCUAGAACUACACCAGCCCAGACUGAGCUUAGCUUUUUGGUGUAUGUGAAGAGAGAAAUUUCAGAAAAUGCACAAAAUGUAUUAAAUGCUCCGUGACCAUUUAAUACAUUUGGGCCCACAUUUAUCGUUGUAGGUGCAAGUGAAGCAUUUUUUACACCUUUUUUUUUGUGUGCUGAUAAUGUGUAGGAGCACCAAAUUUAUUAAAUGGUCAAAGAGCAUUUGAUACAUUUUGUGCAGGUCACAUUUUCUGAAAUUUCUCUCUUCACAUACACCAAAAAGCUACACCAAGUCCUGGCUGGUGUAGUUUUAGAGACUUUUCAGUGGCUUUGCACCUUUUUUGCGCCUU